GUUGAUGGUAAUUCUCUGUCUCCCUUACUUGCAAGAGUGAGCUCUUUUUAGGCACCGUUGCGCCGUCGCACGCUGGUGAAUUGGCGUUAUCGUCGCACGUUUUCUCUUCCAAGCAGCCUUCGCCGCUCUGGUUGUUUCAGUAAGAAAAAACCGUCAAGCGCUGACUUGAAUCACAGCGGUCCAUGUGCCUUGGCCGCCUCAUAACCAUUUGCACGUGGUGCUACUAGCUGGCGACCACCUCGCCCAACCAAAAUCAUGGAGCACGAGCUGCUUGUAACGAGGACGAAGUCGUUCGGUCGGCUGAAGCAGCGGCUGCGCGCCACACUGCCCGUAUGCCGCGCCAGCGGCGCUACUAUCCCUCCACCGUCCCCCGCCGAGCCGCGCGACAACGAUGCUACUAUCGCGCCCGAAAUCGAGCCUCCACGGGCGUCGCCGCCGCCCCGAGGAGGCCCGACCUUCGUGAGUCGCGAAGACGUCGCAAGCACUCGCGAGGCCGUGGCGGCGGGCGGAACGAUGGCUCCGACGUUCGGGCCGACGCCACUGGCAGUCCCGGGACCGAUGCCGCCGCCUCUUCCCGUCGCGGAUGCGCCGACUCUGACCUCCGGUGACCGUUGGGAAAGCAACAGCAGCGCACAUCUCAGCGGUUCAACGGCUACUUUUACUUCAGCCAUAGCCAUCCGGCCACAGCCGCCGCCGCAGCAGCUGCCUUCUGCUACGAGUGCUACUAGUGCUGGUGCGAGAAACGACGAGCCCGGCUGGGGCGGCGGUUUCGGCGGCGGUUUUGGCGGUGGUUUUGGCGCCUAUUUUGGCGGCAACUUUGGCGCUGCAGCGGCUUCAGGCGACGGAUCGCUCGUGGAUUAUCUUACAGCGCAUCACUCCGUGGCGAACUGCGGGUACUACGGCGGGGACUGGGGUUUUUUGGAGCCUGAGAUCGGCGUUAGUGGGAGCCCCUUGGGCUCUGGUGGGACCGGCGGGGAUGGGGGGGACGGGCGGAAUUCGGGGACUGGCGGAACUGGCGGGAGUGGCGGGGCUGGCGGCGCUGGUGGUAGCUUGGGCGUGCCACAGACGGCGCCAUCAUGGGGUGAGGUACAAGGAGGCGGCGAUGUAUCGCCGUUGGUGCUGGCGCAUGUGCAGCGUGCAAUCGGUGCACCGCAGCAGGUACAUCAACAGCAGGUGCACGAAAUGGGAGCGAGCACGAACGAGAGCGAAUUGGGUGUGGGCGCAUGGAUGAUGAUGAGAAUGGAGACGACAACCAUAGCGGCAACAGCAGCAACGGCAAUGACGGGGUCGACAACGAGGAUGGUGGCGGUGGUGGGAGAUGGAGAGGAGCGGAAUGCGAUGAGGCCUUUGCAGGGUCGUGUGGAGGACAAAGCCGCCUUCCUAUCAGACUUGGCAACUACGGCGACUGUGGAGGUUUGCCAAUCCACGCCUGUGGCAGCGUGUAUGGCGGGAUCACCAGUGGACGCCGUUCCAGCAACGGAGGGAGGAGAAGGGGAAGGAGGAGAAGGGGGAGGGGGAGGGGAGGGGGAGGGGGAGGGGGAGGGGGAGGGGGAGGGGGAGGGGGAGGGGGAGGGGGAGGGGGAGGGGGGAGGGGGAGGGGGAGGGGGAGGGGGAGGGGGAGGGGGAGGGGGAGGGGGAGGGGGAGGGGGAGGGGGAGGGGGAGGGGAGGGGGGGGGAGGGGGGGGGGGGGGAGGGGGAGGGGGAGGAGGAGGGGUGAAGCGGAAGUGGAGGGCGUGGGAGAGGAGGGAGCGGCUGAGACGGGGUGGUGAAGGGAGAGGUAGCAGCAGCGGUGAGAGGAGGAGGAGGAGGGGAGGCAGGGGCCGUCUUGAGGAUUCAGCAGCUAGCACUGAUUGUGGUGGUGUUGGUGGUGCUGGUGGUGCUGCUGGUGGUGGUGGUGGUGGUGGUGGUGGUGGUGCUGCUGCUACUGGUAGUGGUUGUGAUGUGGAUGGAGUGGUGGAUGAUGCUGAUGCGUCUGGUCAUGGCAGAGAGAGGUGGAGGUGGACUAGAGAGAGGGAGAUGGAGGAACAGAUGGGGCGGCUGUCAGCAGUAAUGAUGAUGAAGAUGGUCAUGGGGGAGGGGGAGGAGGGCGAAUGCAGUGAAGACUAUGCCUGUGCCUAUGCCCAGGCCCAUGACCAUGCCCAUCCCCAUGCCCAUCCCCAUGCCCAUGUCCGUGAUCAUGCUCCUGCUUUUAACCAUGGCAGCACCCUGGAGCAGAUGCUGAAUGACUGCCGGGUGGGGGACGCUCGUUAUCACGGCAGCUGUAGCAACAAUGCUGGUGCUGCUGGUUGGAAGGAUGCUGCUGCUGCUGCUGCUGCUCCUGUGGUUGCAUGCAACGGCUCUGAAGCCCAAGGCGGAAAGGAGGGUGGGGAGACCAACAUGUGGUGGGAGGAGGAGGAAGAGAAGGAGGAGGAUGAUGAUGAUGAGGACCAAGAGGCCCAAGCGGAGGCAAAAGCAGCACAUGCUUCUUUUGCUCCUCUUCCUCCUCUCUCUAUUCUCCCUCCUCCUGCUGCUACCUCUCCCACUCCCUCUCCCCCCUCUCCGCCCUCCCCACUCUCUCUGUCUGGGAACGGCGGUCUACUUCUCUCUGCCUGUAUGGACCUGCUGCUUCAAGUCUGCCCGCCCCCAGCGCCUCCCGUUCCUAUCCCUGCUGCCCCUAUUGCAACUACUUCCCCUACCGCACCUACAGCCCCUUGUCAUGUCUCCGAUCGGAAUCGAUUCGGCCGUCCAGCCUUGAUUGGAUCUGUGCUAAAGUGGGGGGAGCGUAACGAGCACCAUGCAGGCAUGGCGUGGGGAGCGGGUGCGGCAGUGGUGGAGGGGUGGAAGGGCGCGCCUGGCGGCGCCUAUCCUGGUGAAGGUAGAGGAUCGUACGAAGCUGGGCAUAUGGACGGUGAUGACAGGCAGCAGCCGCAGCAGCAGUAUGAGGGUGCUCAAGCAUGUGGUGGUGCUGGUGAGGGGAGUGGUUGGGAGUGGGUGACAGGCAGCAGCAGUUACUCUGCUGCUGAUGCCAGCCACGGUGCUGGGGAUGCUGAUGGUGAUGUGUCGGGGACGUGCGUGGACCCAGAUGGGAGUGUGAAAGUUUGUGACACGGAUGUGCAUAUGAAGGUGGAUCAAGGUGGGGAUGAGGACGGUGGACACAUGGAUAUGGAUAAGGCUGACGUGGCAGGUAAUGGAGAAAGAGACACGUGUCUUCUUGAGACGCAGCCAGAGAGAGGCGACAUCAUCCAGGGAGGUGGAGAGCUCGGACGGAAGCUGGACGUCGCUGCGUCAGAUUCACCUGAACAGGCACCUGAAGCGGCACCUGAAAAAGCACCUGAGCCUCCGUCGUUCAUCGCCAAUCAGCAUCCCAGCGUUUCUGUGGACCUCCUAUGGGAUACACUCCCCUUGGAAAGCAAGCACGUUCAAGAGACCCCCAGUCGGCAUCCGCCCUUUCUGCAAUCUCCCUCUCAACAGUCGUGCUUUCCACAUCCCCCCUUUCCGCAUUCCCCUUUACCACACACCGCCCUGCAGCAAUCAGUCUCCCCUGCAACGCCCCUACUGUCUCCGUCCUCCCCCUCCCCUCUACUACCCUCCCAUCUCUUGUUCCCAGACCUCACCUCCCCUCCCUCACACCCCAUCUCUCCUCUCACCCUCUCCCAACAUCCCUUCUCUCUGCCCCAUCUCUCUCACUCCCCUUCGAACCAAACGCUCGAAGGGGCUCAGAUGGCCCAACUGGCACACCCGGGUUCAAAUCCUGGCGCUGCCAGUUUUCAGAAUGACUCAUUCCAUGCCAGGGAAUUCUCCCCUCAGGUAUCCAGGCCUCUGCUCCCUCACCUAAUACCACUAGACAGGGUUGGGGAGGGGUUGGUGGGUGCAGUGGGUGCAGUGGGUUCGGUUGGUGUUGUGGAUUCGGUGGGUUCCGUGGGUGUGGUGGGUGCAGGGCAACGAGAGGCCAUGCUGUGGGGAGAAGGGGUCAAAGGGGAGGAGGCUGAGGGUGAGAAAGGAGGCGCGAGAGAGUGGGGGAAGCGUGUUGUGAGAGUGAAGGGAGAGGAGGAGGAGGAGGAGGAGGAGGAGGAAGAAGAAGAAGAGGAGGCAGAGGGGGAGGAGGAGGGAACUAAGAAUCACGAGGAGGAUAAAGAGGAGAAAAUGGAGUGGGGAACACAGGAAGGGGAACCCGGCCAAGGGGUUGGGUUGUCUAUCUGUGGGGCACCAAGUGAUACCUGUGAGAAUUCUAAAAAAUAUAUCACAGGGAUGGCAGUUGUGGGUGAGGCAACAGCAGCACAGGUUGUGCGUGACCUUAUGGGGUGUGACUUUGAGGAGCGCUGGCAGCAGCUGCUGUCCACGCAUGACGGUGGGGCGCGGUGGGGUGACUGUGAGUGUGACUGUAACAGGUGUGCUGCUGCGCAGGGUGGGGGAGGAAGGGAAGAGGGAGGAGAGGACGAAGAGGGGAAGGAGGGAAGCACAGGAGUGGAGGAGGAAGGGGGGGAGGAGGAGGAGGAGGAGGGGGGGGGUGCUGGGGGUGUGAGGGGCGAGGGAGGUGUGUGUGGGAAGAAGGGUGAGGGGUGGGUGGAGAGAGAUGCAAUGGAGAAGGGGGAGGGAGCGGAGGGAGCGGAGGGAGGGGAGGGAGGGGAGGGAGCGGAGGAGAUGAUUUUAGGGAAUGGCGAGUAUGGUGGUUUGCUGGAUGACAAUGGGACCUGCUGGAGAGGAAGGAGAGGAACGGCUAGGAGGGAGUCUGCUUGCUGCCUUGCCAGUGAGUUACUCACAGCUCUACACGUCUACGCCUCCUCUCUCUCCACUCUCCGCGCUCGAUUUGCCUCCGCUGCCAACACUGCCGCCGCUGACUUCUACUCUUCUCUGCCUCUGGGCAUCGUGAGAGGAAGCUUCCAGGAAGCAGCUGUAGCCAUCCAGCAGCGCAUGGGGAGAGAGUGUCCAGAGCAUGCAGCAGCAGCAGCAGCACGCCACAAGGGAGGAGGGGGUGGAGGGAGACAGUGCGAGCAGGAGUGGCAGCCACAACUGGGUGGCUGGUCCUUCCCUAUGGGUUUGGAGGAGGAGGCACAGGAGAAGGGGAGCAGAGGAGGGAAGCAGGAGGUGCAAGACGAACAUAGGCAGCAGCAGCAGCAUCAGCGGUGCCUGCCAGAUGAGACGACUGCCAUUCUGAGAGGGUGGCUCUUUGAGCACUUCCUCAGCCCGUAUCCAACGGACGAGGAGAAGGAUGAGCUUGCCAGGGCAACUCACCUCACCCGUGCCCAGGUCUCUAAUUGGUUCAUCAAUGCCCGCGUGCGAAUCUGGAAGCCAAUGGUUGAAGAAAUGUGUGGCUCAUUAAAAAAUGCAGGAGUACAAUGUGGUUUAAAGGCCGAACGAGAUACUAUUUGAUAAUAGAUCGAUUCAUUUCGUCAUGAAUUCAUCUUCAACCGCUAUAUCAUGCUUUCAUGAUAGAGGGUGUUAGUGUGUAAUCUCAUAUUAUAGCAGGGCGUAAUAUCAUCGUGUAGUAAAAUUUUGCAUUGUACGUCAGAUGACGUUAUCAUUGUGUCACAAAAGUAGUACACUUAGGGCAUGUUC